UACGAAGGAAGGUUGAAGUUAGAAAUCGCAACGGGGGCAGUCACGGAAACUUUCCUGUCGCCUUUUAAUCGAACGUAUAAGAACGCGAUUGCUUUAAACAGUAUCUUAUCAGUGCCGCUAGUCCGUGUCGUGAUAAAUCUCCGACGGACGAAAAAUAUAAGCGUGUAGUCGAACUCUACGUGCCGGAUAAACGGCAGGUAACCGCUCCGCGCAUCGCGUCGAGAUCUCUCGUGACAUCUCUCAGUUCCUCGCACGUAUCUUAUACAUUAUCCGAGAAGGACCAAUACCUCACGCACGUUCUUACGUAACAAAGGAUGGUAUGGCGGCGCAGGCAGACGGUCGGAUACCGGAUACUUUUCAUUAUUACUAUACCAGCUACGUACUUUUUUUGCGCCAGUUUAAUGGGACUGUUAUCUGACAGUACGACAAAUGUCGGCUACGCUGCGGACUGGCGAGGACGUAGAUUGCUGCAGACGAGCGAGUUGGAGCAGCUUGGGAACGACAGCUACAACUGCACGCCACCGGCUAUCAACGAAUUCCCGCCCGACGGCCUUACGCGGCAGCAAAGACAGGCAGGAUUCAUAAUAAUCCACUUCGUCAUCGCUAUUUAUCUGUUUUUAUUACUUGCCAUUAUCUGCGACGACUAUUUCGUUCCCUCUAUUAAGAAAAUUUGCGAGAAGCUCAAUGUCACCGAGGAUGUGGCCGGCGCGACCGUGAUGGCAGCCGCGAGCUCGAGCCCGGAAUUGUUCAUCAACGUCAUCGGAACCUUCGUGACGGAGGGUGACCUGGGGGUCGGCACCGUCGUCGGCUCCGCGGUGUUCAACAUACUGGCCGUACCCGCGUGCUGCGCGAUAUUCGCGAACGAGGUGCUGCAUCUGGAGUGGUGGCCCAUAUCGCGCGAUACGCUGGCGUACGCUUUCACAGUAUUUCUCCUGAUCCUGACACUAUGGGACGGACGUGUCGAGUGGUACGAGGCGCUCGUCCUCGUCUCUUGUUACGUUCUAUACAUAUCAGCAAUGUGCUUCAAUCGUCGCAUCAACAAUUUCAUAAGACGAAUAACGUCCAGGAGAAAAAAGUACAAAAAUAUUUGUGAGGACAGUCCCCUCCUGCCGAAUCAUCUCGUGAAAGAAACGGAGAUCAUAUGUGUUAGUUCGAGUGACCAAGAUGAAUCAGACGAUAUCGUGAAUAUGACGACCUGGCCGAGUUCCACGUGCGAGAAGAUAUGGUGGGUUGUCACUUGGCCCAUCAAUCUGGCAUUAUUCCUUACCAUACCCGAUUGUAGAAGAAGCAAGCUGAGAUCUUGGUAUUCAUUAACGUUCUUCAUGUGCAUAAUAUGGAUCGCGACUUCGUCUUAUGUCAUUGGAUGGGUCAUCACUAUUAUCGGCAAUACCUUCAGAAUUCCUGAUUCCAUUAUGGGUUUAACGUUUCUCGCGGCGGGGAUGAGUGUACCUGAAGCAGUGUCGAGCGUUAUCGUUGCCAAUCAAGGUUACGGAGCUAUGGGGAUAAGUAAUUCGAUCGGGUCGAAUGUAUUCGAUGUGUUACUGUGCCUCGGACUGCCAUGGUUUAUUAAGUCUACACUAUUACCAAAAGUAUCUGGACAGUAUUUUGUUCAGAUUAAUUCUCAGGGGCUAGUUUAUAGCUCGGUAUCUCUCUUCUCGACGUUACUUAUCCUAUACGGAUCUUUAUUUAUUAACAAAUUCACGUUAAACCGCACAGUUGGUAUCGUCUGUCUCGUUAUGUAUGCCGUAUUUUUAAUAUUCGCAUCCAUUGUAGAGCUCAAUACGUUUUCCGUCGUUAAUUUACCGAUAUGCGUCGACUAGCAAUAAUAUCGGUUUCAUUAAAGCGAUAUUCACCCUCAUUGAUAUCCACAUAAAUUUGCACGUCACAGUGAAUUCUUACUUAAUACGCUUGUAUGUACAAUUUUUGUUUUAUAUGAUAAAACAAAAGCAUCUGAAUAUAUUAAGUAUUAAUUAAUAUAUCUAAAUAAUAAUUAUGAUAUAUCCUGAUCACAUAUGUAAAUAUGCAUAAAGAUUGUAUUAUCUUUUAUACUUGUGUUUAUUUCGUAUGCUUAUGUAACUAACGGUAACUUAACUACAUAUAUGAAUCUAGCCUUUAUAUAUACACAUACAGAAAAGAAAA